AUGCUUGACUUCUUAAAACUAUCAUUCAUUAAAAAAGAUAUUGACAAACCUCAACAAAAAAAUGAAUUAAGGGGUAUUCAUCCGGAAAAAAAACAAAGUAUUAUAAAAACACUAGUCCCGCUUAUGCCAAAGAGUAGACAACAAUUUUGGUUUGAUAUUCCUACAUCAGAUACAGUUAAUGAUUUAUAUGAAGAACCUGAAAAUUAG